GGGAAGCUGGUGGCUUAAAUACCCCAAACUCGCUGUCUUGCCUGGCUACCAAGUCUGAAAGGAGGGAAAAAAAGGAGGAGUAUGAUUUUAACCUUUUUUUUUCCUCUUCCAACAGCGUUUUCAGACACCGCCGCUACCCACAGAGAGCAGAACCUGUGCCGAGAGGAGGAGGGGAUCUCUGCAAAGUGAGGCCGGGCGGUGAACAGCAGCAUGGACCUGGAUGUGCUGAACAUGUUUGUCAUCGCCGGCGGCACCCUGGCCAUCCCCAUCCUGGCCUUUGUGGCCUCCUUCCUCCUCUGGCCCUCAGCGCUCAUCCGCAUCUACUACUGGUACUGGCGCCGAGCCUUGGGUAUGCAGGUUAGAUAUGCCAACUACGAUGACUAUCAGUUUUGUUAUUCCUAUAGAGGGAGACCUGGAUACCGACCAUCCAUCCUGAUGUUACAUGGGUUCUCAGCUCACAAAGACAUGUGGCUGUCAAUAGUCAAGUUCCUGCCAAAGAACCUGCACUUGGUGUGUGUUGACAUGCCCGGGCACGAGGGCACGACCCGCUCAGCCUUGGACGAUUACUCCAUUAGUGGGCAAGCUAAGAGAAUACACCAGUUCGUGGAGUGCAUCAAGCUGAACAGAAAGCCGUUUCAUCUGGUUGGCACUUCCAUGGGGGGAAACGUUGCCGGCGUCUAUGCUGCCCAGUACCCAGAAGACAUUUGCAGCCUGACCCUCAUCUGUCCUGCAGGCCUGCCGAGUACCACCGACAGCAAGUUCAUUAAGCAGCUCCGGGAGCUGCAAGAGUCUGAACGCAUCGACAGGAUCCCUUUAAUUCCCUCGACUCCCGAGGAGAUGGCAGAUAUGCUGAAGCUUUGCUCCUACGUUCGCUUCAAGGUGCCACAGCAGAUCCUCCAGGGCCUUGUUGACGUUCGCAUCCCACACAAUGAUUUUUACCGGAAACUGUUUUUAGAAAUCGCGGGUGAAAAGUCCAGGCACUCUCUCCACGAGAACAUGAGCAAGAUCAAAGCACCAACGCAGGUCAUCUGGGGAAAGCAGGACCAGGUCCUGGAUGUUUCUGGAGCCAGUGUUUUAGCGAGCGCUAUCCCAGACUGCCACAUGUACAUCCUGGAGAACUGCGGGCACUCGGUGGUGGUGGAGCGGCCCCGCAAGACAGCCAACCUCAUCCUGGAGUUCCUGGCACUGCUGCACAGCAUGGACAACAAAAAGAAGCAGGCGUGAGCGUGGCGGGGAGCCGAAUGCCCACGCCAGGUCUUUUAAAUUGUAAAGUACUGCAGCUUUGAUAAGUUCUCAGGGAUCUUGUAUGAAUCGGCGGGGUGAAUGUGCCAAAGUCCCUGAGGAAGGCGGAAUGACUGAUACCUAAACCUAUAGCACCACCGGCAAAGCGACCUAGGGGUCAUUGAGCAACCUCCAUAGAUACAGGAACGGAAGCAGAAUCUCUCCCUUUUCUACUUAGAGGUAAAGUAGGAACGAGCCGAAAUCACCAAGCGCUAGCCAUGCAGCGUGCUGAAGCUCUUACGCAGCCGCCCAUCUUACCCGAGUUACCGGCACGUAGUUGUUAAUGACAUUUACCUAAACUAUAUAAGAAACGUAGGAAGGAGGAAGCGUCCUGGACUGAGACUUACAAUAUUUCUACUACUUAGAGUCCGUCACGUUGCAUGCUGCCGUGCUGUAAGAGAACCCCAGUGCUCCAGGCGUCUGCUCGAGUGCUCUUUGUGUAGCUCCUUAACUCGUGAUUUAUGCAGAAAACAACAGAAAACUUCAUGCGUGGAAGUCCAAUGACUGUAUGUGCAAAAAUGUUUACACUUUGAGUGGGUUUUUUUAAAUCCCCGAACAGCUCUUGCGUAUAUGUAAUGCCUUAACAUUGCCCAGGGUACAGCGCCCAUGCGCAGCCCGCCUCGCCCAGGGGAUGGUUCCCCCUGAGGGUGAACAUAGCAAGUGAAAACUCGGGGUGCAGGCAGCAGCUUUGCCACCGUUGUGCGAACUGGAGGGAUAGAAAACUCCCAGAGUGAUUCAGUCCCUGAGCCCGAGUCAGCAAUAAGCCCGUGGGCAGGGUGCGAGUCAGCAAACUCGGGCAAACUCUUGUCUCAGCUCUUCUAUCACGUCGUGCUGCUGAACUCAUUGAUGUAAAUAACAAUUUUCUUAUUGAAUUCCAUGAAUUCUGUGAAUGCCGACGUCACCGAAACCAGGCGUGAGGGGUGGGAGUGGGCUGUGUAUGCGAAUAGCGCGGGGGUGCGGGCUCCUGAGCUCGCUGGGCGUCGAGGAGGGGGACAGCUCGCCUGUGAGGCGCUGAGUGGUGGCGUGGAAACAUACAGUGUGCUUGUGCGCCCUCUUGAUGGUUUAUAGCUCCUGACUGAGUGAAAUUAUAGAUAGAAAUGGGCAAUGCAGACAAGCUACGCUUUGCAGCCUGCAAGGUGAUGUAUGGGGGCAGAUCCUGCACCUCCCUGGGUGCAGUCCCUCGCCACGUGUCCCAGGGCGAGAGGGCUGGUCCUGGUCUCAGCAGGACGAAUGGCUGCUGGAGGGCAAGGCGGUGCGUGGUCCUCUCGAAGGCAAAGCAGCAGGCAGCCGUCACCCCUCAGUCACCCCCAGCCCUCCUCGGGGGUUGACACCGGGUGCUGCUAGAGCCCUCCUGCAGACCAGGUACGCACGCUUGCAGGGCUGACAGCCAUCUUCUUGCUGUCUUUCUGAGGUACCCCAAUCUGUACAUAUAUCUGAAACUCCCCGUCAGCUUCUCUGCUCUUUUCGAGAGAAGAAACAUUGUUCUUUUAGAAAAUUAGAAAUUUGCUGUUAAUGGCUUGGUUAUUGUUUCUACUACAGGAGUUGACUAAAAAAAAUAAAUUGCUGAUAGUUUUAUGUGGUAAAAGCCAGAAGAAGUUGUUAGGUAUCUAUAUGGUUUCUCGUAUGCCACAGAUUGCUGUAUGCAGAGGGUUUAUAUGGCUAUUAA